UUGGUGCCCUACCAAGCACUCCAGGUGCACAGUUAAAACUCAGUCCCUAGUACGUGCACUGCAUGCCUAUGAAACCCCUCACUGCUUCCCGCUGCACUUAGCAGAGCCUCCGAGCUCCUCCCCCAGUCUUCAAGGGCACCCUUUGAUUUCCCAUCCCUCCCUCCUUUGGCUGCCUGUCCUCCAGCCACACUGGCCCUUCUGUCUGCUCCCCAAACAACUGGAGCUUGUUCUCCAGAACCUUCCCACUUCCUGUUCUCCUGGCAUCAAAGGAUUCCCAUCUUCAAGUCUCAGCUUCCAGAUCACCUCCUUCAAGAGGCCUCCCCUGAUUCCCUGUGCUCCCACCCCCUCUUAUCUCUAUUGCUCUGCUUCCUCUAAAACACUCAGCACUCUCUGAAGGUUGUGUUCCUCAGGGACCGUUUCUUUUAUUGUCCAUCUCUCCUGCUAGAAGACAGGCCUCAGAACUGCUGAGCUCCCAGGUGCUUUCUUCAUGAUUAGUUGCUGCUUCAUAGUACGUGCUCGGCCAGGGGCCCUUGGCUCCCCCGCCUCCCUCCCAGCCUCUCGAUCCUCCGCCUGCUGACUGCCCCGCCCCUAGGCUCCCAUCUCAGCCAUGUCGCUCCUCCUGCUGGUGGUCUCUGCCCUUCACAUCCUCAUCCUCAUCCUGCUUUUCGUGGCCACUCUGGAUAAGUCCUGGUGGACCCUCCCGGGGAAGGAGUCCCUGAACCUCUGGUACGACUGCACGUGGAACAACGACACCAAAACGUGGGCCUGCAGUAACGUCAGCGACAACGGUUGGCUGAAGGCUGUGCAGGUACUCAUGGUGCUGUCCCUCAUCCUGUGCUGCCUGUCCUUCAUCUUGUUCAUGUUCCAGCUGUACACCAUGCGUCGAGGGGGGCUCUUCUACGCCACCGGCCUCUGCCAGCUCUGCACCAGCGUGGCUGUGUUCUCGGGGGCCCUGAUCUAUGCCAUCCACGCCAAGGAGAUCGUGGUGAAGCACCCGCGCGGGGGCAGCUUCGGGUACUGCUUUGCGCUGGCCUGGGUGGCCUUCCCCCUGGCGCUGGUCAGCGGCAUCGUCUACAUCCACCUGCGGAAGCGAGAGUGAGCGCCCCGCCCUGCCCGCUGCCCAGGCCCACAGCCAGAAAAUAAAACCGUUUGACCGCGGC